AAAUGUCAAGUGACGUAAUUUUGUUGCCAGAUGUAUAAUUUCUCAUGUUAGUAAACAAAGAACUAUGGAUUAAACUGGGGAAUUAGAUGCUGCAAGAAUAUCAGCUGUUUACGCCAUUUAACUUAAAAGAUUGUCGACAAUAAAAGAUAACUUGAAAAGUAUAAAAGAGUAAAGAUGAACUCAUCAUCUGACUUUGCAAUUUCUUCUGAUUGGGAUAUAAUAGAUGAUGAAACAUCACAACUUGUUGAUGGCACAAAGAAAUCUGAGGAAGGUGUUCCUGGAGACUUGAAAGAAAAAGAAACUAUGCAGAAAGGAUCCUGCGUGGAUGAUAUACCAGAACAGGAAGAUGCUUGCGUGCCUGAAAUUACAGGGUCAGAAAUUAAUAAUCACCAUGAGAAUAGUUCCUCCAGUGAAUUUGAUGUCUUAGAUGAAUCAGUUGAAGACAGCAACCAAGGCAAUCUAUCCUUUUCCCAUAUGGAAUAUUCAAUAAGUUCUUCCUUAGAAAGCAGUCAUCCAUCUCUGGUACCUGAAGUUGAAGCUGUAGAUGCAGACGCUGAAACAGAUGUAGAAAUUCAAGCUGAUUCUCAUUCCAGUAUAUUUAGGAUUCAAUAUGCUUUAAAUGUACAUCCAUAUUUGGUCGCAUUUACAUUGUCUCUUGCAUUCAUAGCUAUUUUACUUGCAUCUGCACCUUUAGGUACCCUCAAGCAAAUGAAAGAACGUGUGAAUGCAUUACAAGCUGAAAAUAAUGAAUUGAAAAAUCUGGUGCAGUCCAAAUUAGAGAAUGAUAAACUUCUUAUGGCUCUUGAAGAACAAAUAAGAUCAUUGAAGGAUGAAAAUUUUAAGCUAAGUGAAUCCAUGAAGGCUCUUGUGGCUCAAUUGGAAGAGCAGACUGCUAUCUUAAGAAUGGACAAAGAAACAAAAGUGCAAGAUCCAUUCAGGAGUGAAAUUGAAAAACUAAAAGAGCAAAUCAACAUCCUGCAGAUUGAUAACGAAGAACUCCAGAAGCAGCUUGUCCGUACAAGGUAUGGCAUUUACUCUCCUCACCCGCAAGAGCAGAAAGCAAAUCCAUCAUCUGAAGAAAAAGAAACAAAAGAUAAGCCAGAUAAUAAAGAAAACAGAGAGAAUUCCUCGGAGAUUUUAAUGGAAGAAAUAAAUGAAUUGAGGAAAAAAUUGUACACUGAAGUAGAGAAGUUGAAGAGCUGGAAAGAUUCUGUCCAACACCUGGUGAAAAAGUUAGGAAAUGGGUAUACAGGGUCAUCUGCUGAGGAAGAUAAGCCAGAUUUGAAAGACAAAGAAUCAUUUGCCCACUCUAGAUCAUCAUCAGAGAAAGAAAGAAUGAAGAAAUCUAAACCUGGGAAGAAGGAUAGGAAAUUUUCUGAUUGGUCAUGGAGAGAUGUAAAAGAGAAUCUCAAAGAUACAUUUGAAGGUCUGCAGGAUAUUGAUGUGCCCAAUAUGUUUUCUAAUUAUGUGGUGGAUAAAAAGAAAAUUGAAGGUGUCUUUGAAUCGGUUGGUCACUAUUUUAAGAAAGCCCAAGAGAAGACAAAAAAGGUAUUGAAUUUCAACAAUGAUAUAAAUCAAGAAAUGUGGCACUUUUUUGGGCAACUGAGGAAUCAAUGGAAUGACAUAAGCAACAAAUAUUACCAAAAAUAUUAUUCCACCAAGCAAGCAGCUCCCAAAACUGAAGAUUACAAAUCACAGUUUCAAAAACAUAAGGAAGAUGCCCAAGAUUUUGGAACUGACAAAAGAUUUGACAGAUAUCAGAAACAAAACAAACCAGAGGAAACCAAUAAUAAUGAAUAUGACCAAAAUUUGUAUCCAGAUCUUGAAAGUUUUACUACUUCGCCCACUGCAGAAACUCCCGACUCAGAAAAAAAUGAGAUGGCACCAGAAGACAAAGCAUAUGAUGACAAUUCCUGGGUGUUUAAAAGAGCUGCUCAUCGAUCUCAACUGCGAGAAGAAGAACAGGAAGCAUUCACUAAUUGGUUUUUAAAAAGAGGACGAGAUUUUCAUUAUAAUGAAGAUGAGUCUCUUAAGGAAUGGUUCAAGGAAACAUACCAAAAUGGAAAUUCUGAUGAAGAUUAAAACAAAUUGCUAGCUAGCACACGCUACUGAUUUUAAUCUGUUGUAUGUAGUGGAUUCUUCUUAAUUUUUUUGUUUAUCACUCUUUUAAGUCUUAAUUUUACCCCCAUUUAUGAUACUGAUAUUUUAAGAAUGAAACUUGAAAUGUAAGAUCUGCAUUAUUACUCGGUGAUUUUAUUAAGCUGCUAUAUGCAUUUAUUGUCAUAUUUUUAAGGUGUUUUUGAUGUAAUGCAGUUAUUACAACUUCAGCCGGUACCAAUAUAGUCCUAAAUGUGAAUGAAAUGGCUCUUCGAAAGAGCGUUUUGUAAUAAUAAUAAUAAUUCUUUGUAUACGUUAAGCAUUAUUUCAUUUAAAGAAAGAUUACACAAUGUUAGUCAAAUGUUUAAACUGUAUCUGUAAAAUGUAUUGAUAAAUUAUGAAUCAAUUGUAUCAGUUCAAACUACCUGCACUGAUGUUAAAGUUAAAAUAAUUUUUAUUAUAUUUAUUCAUUUGCUGUGCAUGUAUUAUAACAGUGUGUGAAAAACUGCAAAUUGAAGACUUAAAAUACAUUUUACCUUUUUACAGUGUUAUUUCAGGACGCACAAAAAUGAUGAGAUUAUUAAUAUUUGCUCCAUCCAUUUGUAUCCCUGAGUUUUGCAGUGAUUUCUAACAAAGGAAAUGGAAAGACACUUAAUAUUAGAUCUAAGAAAUUCUUUUUUUUUAUAAAGGUUAUUUCUCAAGAACUUAAUGAUAUUUGUUUAAUAUGACAUACACUCAUUUUUGUAUUUGAAAUUAGCAAUUCAAUACUUAUUAAUUAUUGGCGUAUGAUUUUCACCUUCUGUAAAAAUUUACUCAAAUAUUUUGAGAUAAUUAUUUAAGUUUGCUAAAGUUCUUUAAGUAAUAUUAUCUUGUUUAAAAUCAUAGUACAUUUGCAAGUCCCUAUAGCUUGCUUCUAAAAUUGGAAAAAUUCUGGAUAAACUUCAUUAGCUUUUGAAAAACUUGUUUUAUCCUGUGUAUCAUAUCUUAUUUCAAGUGGAGCUAUGUCACAGAAUCUUAUUUUAUACAUUGAAAAACAUUUUUAACUGCAAAGAAAACAUCCGUUUCAAGUAUAACUCCUGUUUGUUCCUAUAUUCCGUAGGCAGGCUCAUCACCUUUCAUUUAAUUGUAUGUGUCAUUGUGUUGCAUUUAUUUUAUUUUUGUAGUGAUACAUUAUGUCUGUGAUAGUGUAGGUGAGUGUUUUUACCUUUCAUUGAGAUCUUGAAGAACACCUGUGUUAUUAAGUAAUUAGGAUGCUCCUUGUGUGCAUUUUAAUGUAACUUUUUGUCAUGUUUUUGAGAACAAUAAAUUGUUGAAUAUUA